AGAGAGACAGACAGACAGACAGACAGACAGACAGGCAGACAGACAGACAGACAGACAGACAGACAGACAGACAGCAACAGUUGUCACGAUGUCUGGGAUCAGAUGAGAGGGGAGCGCUGCCGUGAACACUGCGGCGCUGCUGUCAUUCCGGCCGGCCGGGGGAAACGUGUUGGCGCCUGGGUCCCGCCUGCAAUGGUUCCGUCCUAAUCAGGCGGCCAGCGGGGGGAGCGGUGCGCAUCUGUGAUUUCUGCGGAGGGGGGGUGGUGCGAGGAGGAUCCGGGGCUGGCUCAUGAUCCGCGCAGCAGGGAAACGGACUGUUGCGUCUGCAGAGAGCUGACGAGCCUGCCCACGCUCACGGGCACACGCAGGCAGGCCGAAGCGCAGCGCGGGAGGGGGCGACAGCCUGCUCGGGCUCUCUGGGAUCGAGCCCCCUCCUAUUUGCAGCCGGAACCCCCACCCGCCAGUGUCCCGCUUUGGAUGGGGGGGAAGCAGAGCACGGCAGGGCGGCCGCGGGGAGCUUUUCCCGGCGUGUCCUCGGAUGACAGCGCGGUGCCACCGUCGGCCCACUUCGUUCACUACCGACCGAGCGGCACCAUGGGCCUGCGCAGCCGCUCGGUGAGCUCCGUGGCUGGGAUGGGCAUCGACCACAGCCCCGCCGUGCCCUUCGGCUUCUACACCCCCAGGGGGACGGACUCGGACCGAGCCGGAGGGGGGUCAGCGGGGACGACCGCGCCCCCCCACGGAACCGGCUACCAGGACACAGGGGGCGGAGGGCACCGAACGGACGGGGUGCUGUAUCUGGGGUCCCGGGGGUCGCUGGCUGACACCUUACCCCUGCACAUCGCCCCCCGCUGGUUCAGCUCACACAGCGGAUUCAAGUGCCCUGUCUGCUCCAAGUCUGUGGCGUCCAAUGAGAUGGAGGUUCACUUCAUCAUGUGUUUAAGCAAGCCCCGCCUCUCCUACAAUGAUGAUGUGUUAGCGAGGGAUGCCGGGGAGUGUGUGAUCUGUCUAGAGGAACUGCAGCAAGGGGACACCAUAGCCAGACUGCCGUGCCUCUGCAUCUACCACAAAAGCUGUAUAGACUCCUGGUUUGAGAUCAAUCGCUCCUGCCCAGAACACCCGUCUGACUGACCGAUCAGUGAUCUGUUCAAGGACGUGCUGUGAUCCUUCCAUGGAUUUCUGGACAAUGCAACUGAACUGGAUGAAACAAUCAGAGCGAUCAUCACAUUUUUGUCCUGAUUGAAUCCAUCUCUGCAGAUAAUCGCUCCUGAACAGAACCAAAAAAAAAAAAAAAAGAGUGAAGCCA